CUUGUUUUUUUUUGAGUAAGCUGGAUUGCUGGAAGCUUAUCCCUCCCCAAAACCUCUCACCGGGUAUCCUCACCCGCAGCUCCCGGCCGUCCUCCCUCCUCUUCGGCCCCGAAACCACCAUCGAAACUAUGGCAUCGUGCCCUCUAUUCCUCAUGACCCCGCGCUACCCCGCCGCUCUCGUCGACGCCGGCCACUACCCACCCCUCGCGGGCAGCGCCGACCUCCCAACCAGUCGUCGCCCUCGCCCUCGCCCCGGACGGCGGUAUGGUUACCGUUGCAACUCGUCUUCCUCCUCCGCGCCGCGCGACCGCCCGCCCAGACCGCGGCAGCAGAGGCAGAGGUCGCAGCGCCCCGGCAGCCGAGGUGACGCCGUCGACCCUGUGGGCUUCCUCGCCAAGCUCGGCAUCUCGGACCGCGCCUUUGCCCAGUUCCUCCGCGACCGGCAUAAGGCUUUGAAGGACCGCAGAUGGGAGUUGUGCUCUCGAUUUAUUGAUCUGAAAGAGGCGUCCUCUGGGUUUGAAUUGUUGGGCAUGCACCGGCAUCGACAGCACCGCAUUGAUUUCAUGGAAUGGGCUCCAGGUGCUCGCUAUUGUUCAUUGGUUGGUGAUUUUAAUGAGUGGUCGGCAACUGAAAACUGUGCCAGGGAAGGUCAUUUAGGACAUGAUGAUUUUGGAUAUUGGUUUAUCAUACUUGAAGAUAAGCUCAGAGACGGGCAAGAACCAGAUGAGUAUUUUUUCCAGGAAUACAAUUAUGUGGAUGAUUAUGACAAAGGUGACAAUGGUGUUGAUGCUGAAGAAAUAAUGCAUAGGAUGAAAGAAGAGUAUUGGGAACCUGGAGAAAUCAGGUCCCGCAAGUCUCAAUUAGAGAUGGUUGUUAAGCUAUAUGAGCAAAUGUUUGGCCCAAAUGGUCCACAAACAGAGGAGGAGUUAGGUGAAAUUCCUGAUGCCCAAACAAGAUACAAUGAGUGGAAAGCCUUGCAGAAGGCUGACUCUUCAAGCUUGUCUCCUUCAUAUGAUAUCAUUGACAAUUUACAGCCGUUUGACAUUUUCAAUGUUGUAACGGAUCGAGCAUCAUUCGAAAAGUUUCAAGCAAAGAAACCUCCCCUUGCUUACUGGGUUGAAAUGAGGAAGGGACGAAAAGCAUGGCUUGAGAAAUAUGUCCCAACUAUACCUCAUAAAGACAAGUACAGAGUUUAUUUUAAUACUCCUGAUGGUGCUUUAGAACGUGUUCCUUCUUGGGCUACAUAUGUUCUUUCAGAUGCUGAAGGAAAGCAAUCCUAUGCAGUACAUUGGGAACCUCCUCCUGAAGAAAUUUACAAAUGGAGAUUUGGACGUCCAAAGGUGAAGGGUUCACUUAGAAUAUAUGAAUCCCAUGUUGGCAUUAGUGGAUCGGAGCAAAAAGUUUCAUCAUUUCAGGAGUUCACGUCCAAAGUUCUUCCUCAUAUAAAAUAUGCUGGAUAUAAUGCUGUUCAACUAAUUGGCAUUGUGGAGCACAAGGAUUACUCCUCUGUUGGCUAUAAGGUAACUAACUAUUUUGCAGUCAGCAGCAGAUUUGGCACCCCGGAUGACUUUAAGAAACUGGUCGAUGAGGCACAUGGCCUUGGGUUAGUGGUGCUUCUGGAUAUUGUCCACUCCUAUGCAUCAGCAGAUGAACUGGUUGGCUUAUCGCUUUUUGAUGGUUCCAAUGACUGUUACUUCCACAGCGGAAAAAGAGGGCAUCACAAGUAUUGGGGCACCAGGAUGUUUAAAUAUGAUGAUGUGGAUGUUCUGCACUUCUUAUUGUCCAAUUUGAAUUGGUGGGUUACUGAAUACCAGAUUGAUGGAUUCCAGUUUCAUUCAUUGUCUUCUAUGUUAUAUACUCAUAAUGGGUUUUCUACUUUUACUGGUGCCAUGGAAGAGUAUUGCAAUCAGUAUGUUGACAAGGAUGCACUGAUAUAUCUAAUUCUUGCAAAUGAAAUGUUACAUGAUCUUCAUCCAGAUAUCAUAACAAUUGCCGAAGAUGCAACAUUUUAUCCUGGGUUGUGCGAGCCAACAACUCAAGGUGGAUUGGGAUUCGACUACUGUGUCAAUCUUUCUGUUCCAGAAAUGUGGUUGUGGCAUCUUGAAAAUGUUCCUGAGCGAGAAUGGAGCAUGAACAAGAUUAUGAAAGUAUUAGUAAGCAGAAACCAGAAUAUGCUCUCGUAUGUUGAGAAUCAUAACCAGUCCAUAUCAGGACGCAAGUCUUUUGCUGAAAUAAUUCUUAAUUCUGGAAAGUUCUUAAUUCGUUCUGUUGAUGAUGGUUUGAUGGAAGCUUCAUUGCUGAAAAUUAUCAAACUAAUUACUUUCACAACGAGCGGAGGUGCUUAUCUAAACUUCAUGGGCAAUGAAUUUGCACAUCCAAAUAGAGUUGAAUUUCCUAUGUCAAGCAAUGACUAUUCCUUCCGGUUAGCUAAUCGGCAAUGGGAACUAUUGGACAAGGGUUUUCACAAACAUUUCUUUGACUUUGACAAGGAUGUUAUGAGCUUGGAUGAAAAUGAAAGGAUAAUUUCCAGAGGUUCACCCAGUAUUCAUCACUGUAAUGACACAAGCAUGGUCAUAUGUUUCACAAGAGGGCCUUUUCUUUUCGUAUUUAAUUUCAAUCCUGAAGUCUCCUAUCAGUCAUAUCAUGUUGGUGUGGAUGAAGCCGGGGAAUAUCAAGAAGUGGUGGCUUCGUCUAAGCCUGCCAUAAUUUGCCUUCAGGAGAACAGAUUGGUGUCUGUUUCAUCGGUGAUGCUUCUGUCCACGGUAGGCGCUGUGUUUGAUCAUUUCGUUACCCUCCCAGCAUCCGGCUUGUCCGGCAUUAGAGGUAAGAUCGUGAUCGCUUGGCGAGGGAGCAUCUGCAGGGCGACGGGCACCAGAGUCGACUCCUACUCAGCUUCUGUGAGGUACACACUCGAGGACGGACAAGGGUGGUGGUGCAACAAGUCUGGGUGGAGUUCCCUUGGCAAGGCGGGCUUCCAACUGCUUACCCCCUCUCAACAUGAGGUGGACUUCCAGAGAUGGUGGCGGAAGGCAUCACGUUGAGUGCCGAAGCCCCAGUGUAAAGGUUUCAACUCGCUUGUGAUCCUCACGGCAUGGUCCAUUUGGAAGCUUCGCAACCGGUGUGUGUUUGAUGGCGGCCAGCUGAGGACACGGUGCUCCAAGACGUGACCAAGCGGGCUCACCUUUGGAUCCUGGCUGGGGCAAAGGCGCUAGAAGGCCUGUUGCUGUGAGGUGCUUAGGAGGGUAGACUGUUUGUUCUUGGCGCACAUGUAAAAAAAGAUUAACCCAAGCUGUGGAGUCGGGAUGUAAUCAAACGCUUUUUCUUCCUAUAAAUGCAAAGACACACAGCUCUCCUGCGUGUUUGAGAAAAAUAUCUAUACAAACUGAACAAUGACAACUGCCUAA